AUGGCGACCAACAUCGUGUCCGAGUCGCCUCACAACAACUUCGACACCAUCCUGGUGCUCGACUUUGGCUCUCAAACCAGUCAUCUUAUUUUGCGUCGGCUUCGGUCUCUCGGCGUCUUCGCUGAGCUGCUUCCCUGCACCACAAAGAUCGCUGAUUUGACAUGGAAACCCAAGGGAAUUGUGUUCUCUGGAGGCCCUUCCUCUGUCUACGAUGAGGGCUCGCCCCAUGUUGACCCCGCUGUUUUCGACCUGAAUGUGCCUAUCUUGGGUAUUUGCUACGGUUGUCAGGAGAUCGCAUGGAGACUCGACUCCAAGAAUGUUGCCCGCGGAGCGGCACGAGAGUAUGGCCAUGCCGACGUCAAGAUCACCAAGGUCAACAGCCAUGUCGACCGCCUUUUCGCUGGCAUGGGAGAUGAAAUCCCCGUCUUCAUGUCCCACUACGACAAGCUAGUCAGCCUGCCUACUGGCUUUGUGGUCAUUGCCUCCACCAAGAACUCCGAGUUCGCCGGUAUCGCCCAUGAGGAGAAGCCCGUCUUCGGUGUCCAAUUCCACCCCGAGCUUGAACACACUCCCCGCGGAACCGAGAUCCUCCGCAACUUCAGUGUUGAUAUCUGCGGAGCUCAAGCGAACUGGAAGAUGGGCGACUUCGUUCAGCUCGAGAUUGCCCGCAUCCGUGAACUUGUUGGUGAUAAGGCUCUCGUUCUUGGCGCUGUUAGCGGCGGUGUGGACAGCACUGUUGGAGCCGCCCUUAUGCGUGAGGCCAUUGGAGACCGCUUCAAGGCCAUUCUCAUUGAUAAUGGAUGCAUGCGUCUCAACGAGUGUGAGCAGGUCAAGGAGACUCUCGGACAUCACCUCGGCAUUGAUCUCACCGUUGUCGAUGCUGCCGACCUUUUCCUGGGUCGUCUUGCGGGUGUUUCUGAUCCCGAGAAGAAGCGCAAGAUCAUUGGAUCUACUUUCAUCGAUUUGUUCGAGCAAGAGGCUAUCAGGAUCGAGAAGGAAGCAGAGAAUACCCCCAACUCCGGCAAGGUGGAAUGGUUCUUGCAGGGAACAUUGUACCCUGACGUCAUCGAAUCUUUGAGCUUCCGCGGGCCUUCGGCCACUAUCAAGACUCACCACAACGUCGGCGGUCUGCCUGAGCGUAUGAUGAACGGCCAAGGCUUGCGUCUUAUUGAGCCACUCCGACUCCUGUUCAAGGAUGAAGUGAGGGCAAUUGGUCGCCAGCUCGGCAUUCACGAGUCGCUCGUGGGCCGUCACCCCUUCCCCGGUCCUGGCAUUGCCAUUCGCAUCCUCGGCGACGUUACCAAGGAGCGUGUCGAGAUCGCCCGCCAGGCCGACAACAUCUUCAUUAGCAUGAUUCGGGAGGCCGGUCUCUAUGACCAGAUCUCUCAAGCCUUUGCUGGUCUCGAUACCAACCGCAGUGUUGGUGUCUUCGGUGAUCAGCGUGUUUGGGGUUACAUCAUCAUCCUCCGUGCUGUCCGUACUAAGGACUUUAUGAGCGCUGAGGUGUUCAACUUCGACAACGCCUUCCUUGCGAAUGUUGCUCGCACCAUUUGCAACCAGGUCGAGGGUGUGGCCCGUGUUGUCUAUGACCUGACCUCCAAGCCGCCUGGCACCAUUGAGCUGGAGUAG